AAUGAUAACUUUUUAUUUACACAGUAAAAUUGAUUAAAUUGUUCGCUCGAGACUACUUAAAAAAAAAUUGUUCUGACAAAACUUAAUUAUUAAAUGUUAUUUUUUUUUUUUGUGAUUUUAAAUAAUUAUAUUUAGAAUGGGUGAAGUUGUAGUAAACUAUGGUUCUACGCUACCUACUGAAUCAUUGAAGGUAAUUGCGGAAAGUGUGGGUAUUGGCAAUCUAUCUGAUGAAGCAGCUAAAGAAAUAUCUGAUUCCGCCACUUACCGUUUAAAAUUAGUAUUACAAGUUAGUACAAAAAUUAAAUUUUAUUAAUAAAUAUAUGGUGGGCUAUAAUAUUUUGUAUGAGUCAGACUCCAACCAAAGUAUGGAUUCUGGAACGCAAUAAUCUUGAUUGUUAGAAUCCAAAAUCCAAUAGGCAGUAAUUCGGAAUGUAAAGUCCCAGAAUGCAAUUAUUCAAAUUGUAUUUAAGAAUUUCCUUACUAAAAUGUAUAGAACAUGUUGGGUUUACCAAGUCUCAUAACUUGUCAACUUUAUUUUUUCAAAUCUAAUGGAUUUUAUAGCAUUUUAAAAACAAUGAUGAAAAAAUUUGUGAAAAUCAUUAAUUUUUUAGCUAUGAAAUUUUUAAAUAUGUGUUUUUGAAAGGAUCCACUCGACUAUUUAUAUAGUUUGUUUUGUACAGUGUUUCAUUUCCAAGUUCGUUGCAGUUAUAGUUGAAAUACUUAUGCCGCAAAUACUGAGUUUAAACCUUUUUAAUUAAAAAUGUAUUUUUAUUACAAAAAAAAUUGGUUUGGUAGGUAACAAAGAAAAAACAAAUGCGUUUUUGGUGGAUUUAGAGCCUAAUGGUGUUACUAACUUGGACUAUUGUAAUCAAAAAUAAGUUUUGUAAAGGUAUUAUGCCCAUUAAAAAAAUCACUAGUAAUAAAUUUGAUUAUGAAAGUGACUUGUAGCAUUUGCAUAUUUGUUUUAAGAAGUCCUAGUAACACCUUUGUAAGUUACUAAUUUGUUUCAGAUAACCAGGAAGUCAAAUACAAAAUUUUUUGUUGUAUAUUUUGAAUUUUUAACGGUAUUUUGAAGUUUUUAGCGAUAUUUGACACUAUUAUCGUUAUUUCAAAGUAAAAAAAUGAAAAUUUUCUACAAGUUAAUAUUAUAUUUGAAUUUAUCAAUUUAUAUUUCGGUAAUUGUCAUAAAAUAAAAUGAGAUUAACAAAUUAUGUGAUCAUUGUCAUUACUCGGCAAUUCUGUUAAUAAAGAGACCUCUAUUAAUAAUAUUGUUGAACGAGUACUAUGACAUUAUUUUUAUUUUGCUUAAAACAGUAUAUUAUAAUAAACAGUCAUUACCAGUCUCUGAUGUGACAUCAGGCUUAUUUUUUUGCAUAUUUUAACAUUUGUAGUGUGUAUACAAGCGCUUAUAUGAAUGUUUUUAAGAGAAUAUCAUUGAGCUUAUAGCAACUUUGUUAAGAGCUAUAAGUCACGAGCCCUGAUUAUGAAGUACAUUUGGAUAGUAAACAAUAAGCUUUAUUAACUAUGUAAACAAUUAUUAUGUUAAAGACUAAUUAGAAAACUCUAUUUUUAAUCUAUGUGUUUUAUGGUAAAUAGAUUAUUCCAUUAGAUCAUAAUGAAAAGUUACAAUUUUAAUGUUAAACUGAUCAUUUAAAGAAACUCUACAAAUACAUACAUUUCUAAAUAUCAUUAAUUUUAAACUAAUCAUUUCUGCAUAUUCAUUUUUGCACCAUUGUUCUCAAAAUUAAAAACUACACAUUUAAAAAUAAAAAAUUCAAACAUUUUGUGAGGGUUGGUAAAAUAUAUUAACCCCAACAUGGUUAAGUAGAUAGUAUAGUUAAAUUAAUAAAUCUUAAAAAUUACCAACUAUUUUAUGGAACAUUAUCUCAGCCUCAUUAGAUAGAUGUUUUAUGUAUUAAAAGUUGAUCUAGUAAGUGUAAAUUCUUUUAAAUAGCAUAGUUUUAUAAUGUAAAAUUAUCAUUUGUUGCUAUUAUUUUAUAAUGAAUAUAGUUAAUAAAUACCCUAUUUUUUUUAGGAAAGCAAAAAAUUUAUGAUGCAUUCCAAUAGAUGCAAAUUACUACCUUCAGAUAUUGACAAUGCUUUAAAAGUAUUUGGUAUAGAAGUAAGCAAUAUUGUUUUAUUAUUUUUAUUUAUUUACAUUCUAUAUAUUAUAAAUUAAUAAUGUAAUAUUAGGAGUAAUUUAAUCUCUUAAUAGUAUAAAACAAAGUCCCAUUCUGGGUCUGUCUGUAUUCUUAGUUUUUUAAACUAUGCAAUAGAUUUUGAGACAGUUUUCACUAUCAUUUAGAGAAUGUUUUGGAAGGUUUAUAUAAAUAUAAUAUAUUCAUAUUAUAUUUACAGAAAGUAGAGAAAACUUGAUGUUUUGUAAUCAAGUCAUAAAUAAAUUAUUUUCAGACACUUAUAUUGUUAAAGCUGCCAAAACUUUAUGAUAUGCAUCUAAAUAAUGUACUACGAAAUUUUAUAUUUUUAAAGGUUACUGAAACAUUAGCAAUGGUAUAUGACUCUCUUAAGUCUAUUCUACAAUAAUCAUUUUUAUCAUUUAUAAAUAUAUAUUUUCAAAACUAUUUUGUUAAUAAAAAUUGAUGAUUAAAGAUAGCAUAAUUCCUUCUGAAUAAAAUGAAAUGAUUUUUAUUUUUUAGCCUAUAUAUGGAUUUCACUCUAAAGACCAUGUACCAUUUAGAUACGCAUCUGGUGGUGGACGAGAAUUACAUUUCAUUGAUGACAAAGAUAUUGAUCUAAUUGAAUUUGUAAAUGCUCCUUUGGCUAAGUUGCCUUUAGAAAUCAGUAUUCGAUGUGGGUUGAAAUCUUAUUACAUGGGUUCCAUAAUACUAGUUAAUUUGUACCUGUUUCAUUUAUAGGCCAUUGGCUUGCCAUUGAUGGAGUUCAGCCGACUGUACCAGAAAAUCCUCCAUCUGUAUCUAAAGAUAUUCAAAAACUUGAAUGUGUGGAUCCUUUAAACAAAUUAAAAAAGCCCAUUGACAAAGAAGUUUCUGGACGACCAUCUACUGGGUGAAAUAAAGUUAUCAAUAAAUAUUUAAAAAAUUAGUUUUAAAUAUAUUUGUUUUUUUUAUUAUUAGAAAAGCUCAAAAGUUACGUAAUGUUGAAACUGUUCAUGUAAAACAAUUAGCAACACAUGAGUUAUCAGUUGAACAACAACUUUAUUACAAGGAAAUUACAGAAGCUUGUGUUGGAUCAGAUGAAGCACGAAGGGCUGUAUGUAUUAUAAUAGUCAUAUUUAUUUACUGGAUGCCUCACAUACACGUAUUAUUUAUUAUUGUUCAACAUGAAUUAACACUUAUUUACAAAAUUUCAUUUCAUUGUAAUAUGAAUUUGAAUGUAUAACAUUGUAUAUAUUAUAAUUUUUAAACUUUGAGCUUGACAAUAAUUCUAAUAGGAACGAAAAUUAUAGAUGAUAACAAAUAAAUACUAUUAUUUAAUUUGUUUUAGGAAGCUCUACAGAGUUUAGCAUCUGAUCCUGGCCUUCAUGAAAUGCUACCUCGAAUGUGUACGUUUAUCGCAGAAGGAGUAAAAGUAAAUGUAGUUCAAAAUAAUUUAGCUUUACUUAUUUAUUUAAUGAGGAUGGUCAAAGCACUAUUGGACAAUCCAGCACUUUAUUUGGAAAAAUAUGUAAGUUUCCUGUUCUUAUGAUAUAAUAUUUAAAUUGUUUAAAACAUAGAUUUAAAUGUUCUAUAAAUUAAAUAGUAAUAAAAUUGCAAUAACUCUUUAACAUUUAAUAAUAUUGUACUUCAUAAUAUAAGUACAAAUAUGCUUACAGUGAGGUUGACUGAGUCUUGGGUUCAGCUAUGUUGAAUGUUAUCUGAGUGUUUUUAUUUAUUUAUAUAUAAUGGGAUAAGAGCCUGGUGUACAUAGUUUGACAAAUAUAAGAAUAAAUAUUAAAUGAUACAAUAUAAAAUAAUAAUUAACUACACAGAAAAAUAACACAAGUACAAUAUAGCAUUACAACAACUAAAAUGUGGAAGGGCCCUUUUUACAAAAACUCAUUAGUCUGAUAAGUGGAUUAAACUUCACAUAGUUGGUACUGUAAAUGAGAUAUAAAAAAUAGCAGUACUUUGUGUUGUACAUGAUGGAACAUGAAAAUUAAUCGUUGAGAAUAAUUGAGGGGAAUCAAUUUUACUGAUAUUUCGGUUCUGCAGAAAGCGCAAAUUAAUCUGGACCCUAUGAUCAGAGUGGAAACUUAGAUUUUAAAAAGCUGUCCAAGGAUAAUGAGGAUGGGCGCAUCCAAUAUUAUAUACAAUUUAAUGUAUAUCUGUAAGCAACGAUUAACUAUUUGUAACGAAAAUACGAUUCUAAGCAGAGUUCGAUUGAUAGUGUUGCUUUGUUAACAAUGUAUAAUAUGUCAUAUUAUGAUAAAAUAAUUACAUAAUAGGCAUUAUAUAUUUGCUUUAAUAAUAUUUGUUUAAUAUUGUAUCUUUUUUCCUGAUUUUCCAAUUUAUUGGAAAAAUCAAAAAAUGACCUCCUUAAAGUACUUCCCCAGUUUGAUUUCCUUUCAGAAAAAGUGCUAUCAUUGAAAAUCGAAGAAUAAUUGCUGAAAAAGUUGUUCUAAAAAAAAAACACAUUGUAAAACCAAUACAUUUCUUACUCCACUCAAAAUCUAAAAUUAGAAAUAGGAGUACAGUCAGAAUCCAAGCAUUCAACAUUCAAAAUAAAUUAAUACAUUUUAAAAAUUUGCUCUGUACUCUUUCCAAUUGACCAUUAUCAUCAGUAAUGUGGGGUCCUAUAUUAUUGAUUCUUAUUCUAAAAUAGAGUUUACUAAUGCACAAUAGAGUGGCUUAACAAAGGAAAAAUAAAAUGGCAUUAAGUAGUAAUUCUUUUGAGGAAUCUAAGUAUUUUGAGAGUUUUAUUAAAGAUUGAAUUUAUAUGCAACCUUUAGAGAUAAAUUGAAGUUGUAGAUAAAGCCAAAAUUAAUUGUAGAUUUAGUUAGGUAAAAAGACAGUUCAGUAUUUAUCAAUAUUCAAGGGUAGUUCAAAUUCAAUUGCCCAAGAAACAAGUGUAGGCUUACAAAAAAAGUCUGUAAAUCUAAAAAUUUUAGUCUUCAUAGAAUUAAUUUAUAUUAACAUGUAUAUUUUAUAAUGCAUAUUGCACAAAAUGUACUUCAAAUAAAUGCUAAAUUGAUUUAAAUACAUUAACAAGUAUUAAUAUAAAUAUUGAUGUAAAAUUUAGUUACAUGAAAUCAUCCCUUCUGUGGUAACAUGUGUUGUAAGUAAACAAUUAUGUAUGAGACCAGAAAUUGAUAACCAUUGGGCUUUACGUGAUUUUGCCUCUCGUUUGAUGGCACAAAUUUGUAAAAUGUUCAAUACACCAACAAAUAACGUACAAACUCGUAUUACUAGAGUAUUUACAAAUGCUACUAAUUCAGAUAAAACUGCACUUCCGUCAGUGUAUGGAGCACUUGAAGGUAACUACUAAAAAAUAAUACUACUGUUUAUAAUUUAAAACAUUUAUUUAACUAUGUUUCAGGAUUGGCUGAGUUAGGAACUGAAACAAUAAAAGUGUUUGUCAUUCCUAGAGUACGCAUGAUAUCUGAUAGGCUUGAUUCACCAGAAAUAACACAAAACAAUGUUGAUAGAAUAUCUGGAAACCAAAUUAAACAUCUACUUUGUGUAACACUUUUAAAUUAAUUUUAUAUGAUGUAUAUUGAUAAAUGUUUAAACAUUUAUUUAUGUACUGCUUUAGAAAGUAUUGACUCCUGUAUUAAAAACAACACAUCAACCUCCAGAUAAUUUAGAAGAAUUCAAAAAGGAAUUUGGGUCUGUUGGUAUACAAUUGCAUGCUGCUUUGUGCAAAGCUCGUGCCACAAUUACCACGCAGAGUUCAAGCAUUCAACCUGUAACUCAAACAAGUAAACCUUUGUAUUAAUAAAAUAUACUUUUUAUUUUUAUAAUUUUGUUUUUAAUUUAUAUUAUUUAGUUACACAAUCUAGAACAGCUAUUGGCAGACCAAUUGCCACAGCGACAACUAACACAGGAACUGCCCAAAAAUAUGUUCUAAUGUCUCAACGACCUGUCACCACACAAGUAAACUUUACAAGUUAAUUUUAAAAUUUAAUAAGAAUUAUAAACAAGUUUUUUUUUUAGAAUAAUCCAUCAAAUAAAGCUAUUUAUAUUUCUACACAAAAUAUCAAAACAGAAUUUCAAGAUCCUAAUAAUUGAAUAUUAAGUUAGGCGAACAAAAAGAAAAAAAAGGAACUCUGUCGAUUUAACUAAAAUUAUUAUUUUUUUAUUUACU